AGUAGAUUUCAGUGUAAAUUUAUCUGUAAUAAACUAUGUCCCAAGUUAACCGAUAUACUUACUCUAAGUAAGGGCAGUGAGGCGUGAAACAAGACGGGACAGAAUAUGUAGUUGACGGCUUAUUGGAUUAAGCCUGGCUUCUCACUUCAAGCUAUGCUAAGCAUGCGCUUAUAAGAUAAGACUCUUCAAGUACAGCAACCAAUAAUGUGAUCGUGGAAAAAAGCACCCGAAGAUCUUAAAUCUCCUUCAUCAUGUCGUCGCUUGACCAGUGGUAACAUUUACCUUGAACCGUGGACAUACAAGUGCAGUGUGCACGGCGGUGCAGUGGUAGGCCGGCGGCCUAGCACGGAUGGUGUGCGAUGGUGGCGCCAUGCUGUGCCUGGAGUCGCUGAUGGCGCGCUGGCGGGAGCGCGGCGGCGAGCGGGACAGCGAGGCCGAGCAGCGCGCUCGCUCGCACAGCCUCUGCUCCUCGACCGACGGCAGCCUGCUGCAGCUACUGCACCGGAGGGCCAGCAGCGCCAUAUCGUCGGCGAGCGAGCUGAUCGCGCGGCGCGGGGUGUUCUCCCGCCGGCAGUACGGCUCCGUCGAGCAGUUGUCGGGGGCCAGCGAGGGCGCGGGCGCGGUGGACGCCGUGGCGCGCCGGUACCGCCUCGAGAACGGAAACUCACUCGGGGAGAAAGAUGAGCUGUUUGGCCCGCCGAGCGCGCCCGUCCUUGAGAACCCCGAGUUCCAAACGAGAUGGUACUUCAAAUACUUUCUCGGAAAAAUGCACCAGAACUACAUCGGCGUGGACGCGUCGCGCGAGCCGUACCUGCUGAGCGUGGUGCAGGAGGGCGGCGCCGGCCUGCUGCGCGCUAUCCUUUUCAACAAGAUGGGGGCGCACAAGAUCUCCCUGCCGCCGAGCGCGUGGUCCGGGCAGGCUGCGCGCCCCACCGUCAAGCAGAUCCUGGCGCAGUUCCCCUCCAUGGAGAAGGUGGAUAAGGUGCCCAGGGAGAUAACCUGUCCUGAGUUGCAGAAAGAUAUUUUAUUAUUAGAAGAACAGGAAGGCUCAGUAAAUUUCAAAAUAGGCGUGAUGCUAAUGAGCUCGCUACAGAAGACGGAUGACGAGAUGCUCUCCAACGAGAAGGGCGACGAGAAAUGGGACCGAUUUAUAUCGCUUUUGGGAGACAAAAUUCGAUUAAGAGGCUGGAACAGGUUUCGCGGAGGGCUCGACGUCAAAGGCGACAUGACGGGCAGCCACUCCAUCUACACCAUGCACCAGGGACACGAGAUCAUGUUCCACGUCUCCACUAUGCUGCCCUUCUCCAAGGACAACAAGCAACAGCUGGAGAGGAAGCGGCACAUCGGCAACGACAUCGUCAACGUGGUGUUCACGGACGACUCCGUGCACAACACCUUCAACCCGCAGUGCGUCAAGAGCCACUUCACACACAUAUUCGCAGUAGUGUCGGAGGUGGAGGGUGAGGGGUACAGACUCAGCGUGUACAGUGACGACACUGUGCCUCCGUUCGGGCCCUCGCUGCCCUGUCCGCCGAUCUUCAGUGACCCUCAGCUGUUCAGGGAGUUUUUACUGGUGAAGCUGAUGAACGGCGAGAAGGCCGCGUUCCAGACGCCCACGUUCGCGCUGAAGCGGCAGCGCACGCUGGACACGCUCAUCCGGGACAUCUACGCCGAGCACUGCGCCGACCACAAGGUGCCGAUGCUGUCGCGUCGCGCGCUGUCGGACGUGUGGUCGGGCGGCGCGGGCGCGGGGGGCGCGGGUGCGGCGCGCACGGAGCGCUUCCUGCACGUGGGGCAGGCGCUCAAACUGGACGCCGUGCUGCGGGGUGACGCGCCGACGAGUUUGGUGUCUACUGGGUCAGGCGGGUCCAGACGCGCGCCGUGGGAGGGGCGCGUGUGGCGCGCGGCGCCGCUGCCCGCCACGCCGGUCUGCGCCGAGCAGCUGUCUGAAGGCCGACUGCUGCUGUCUACUACGUCCAACACUUAUAUAUUAGAAGAGAGCGGCACGACGCGGGUGGUGCUCCGCUGGGAGGGCUGCGUGCGCGCGGCGCGGGUGACCGAGCGCGCAGGACUCUUCCGCGUGGGCGCGCGGGUCACCCUGGGCGGCUCCACCACGGGCGGCGCGGGCGGCGCGGGCGUGUACGCGCUGCCGCUGCCCGAGCUGGCCGCCGGCGCCUGGGCCAUGCGCCCGCUGCAGGACUGCAAGCACGCGAGACUGCCCAGGACUAAGACUGCGCACUGCUUUGAUUUGCUUGAGACUGAAGGCGGUAAGACGAUAUUGGCGAUAGCGGUGGGGCGGCGCGUGCUGCUGCUCGCGGAGGAGGUCAAAGACUGCGAGAUGGGCUUCGAGUUCACACAUAUCAGAGAUAUACAGCUAAGCGAAACACCAAUAUUGGUAAAGCUGAUGGAAGGCGAAGUAGGGUUUAUGGUAGUAGGCUACAAACAGCAUUGGGAGAUUCUAGAAUCCGGAACUGGACAGGCUGUAAAAAGGGCCGACAGUUCGGAGGAAAGUUCGAGAAGAGGGACGCUCGUGAAUGCACUCCGGAUAGGAGACGACCGCGACGGACAGAUCGUUCUCUGUUACAAUCACACGUGUCACUUCGAGCGCUUGACGAGUAGAGGGCUGGAGAGCGACGCGGAAUACGACUUCCACUGGACCACCGUGCCCGCGGCUGUUGUGUGUGCGUUUCCGUACAUAAUGGCGUUUGCGGAGGACCUGCUGGAGAUCCGGCUGGUGGCCAACGGCUCGCUCGUGCACGCCGCCUGCAUCCCCGGACUCAAAGUGCUGUGCGGGAAGCGGGACAUAUUCUACGUGGCAUGCGCGCCGGAGUACGUGCCUCUCAGCCGCGACGUGAACCCGUGCCUGGGGCUGGAGUACGACCUGGUGCGCCAGAUGAGCCGUCAGUACGCCGCCGACGACGAGGAUAAUGAGAACAGGGGCGCUGCGGGCGGGGGCGCGCGCACGUCGGACACGGCGUCGGCAUCCAGCCGCAGCAGCUCCGUGUCCUCCGAGCACGACAACAUGCGCCCGCCGCUCACGCGCAUGGCGCCCGUCAGCCCGCCCAGCUCGCCACAAGUGCUUCCAGAGAACAGUUCCCGUUGCGUGCGCAUCUACAAGAUCCCGCAGAGCAACCUGAGCGCCGGCACGUACCAGCGCCAGUCCGUGUCCGCUGACCAGGUCGUCUCCUCCUUCUUCUCAGAAAGGCCAAACAGCAUACGGCAGAAGCUGGCAGAACUUCGGCUGGAGAGCAGGUCGCGCGGCGGCGGGGACACGCCCACCGACGACAUAUAAAUAUAUGAUUAUAUUAACAACCAGUAUACAUAAUAUACAAUGGUAGACUAAGCGCGUGGUCUGAGAAACAAAGGUCUUGUUUUGCGAUGUGUUAUAAUAACCCACAUAUUGCGCUCUUUCGCAGUUCGCAGCCUAGAUAUCCCGUUUUCACAGAAAAUGCUAAGUAGUUUAAUAAACUAAACGUAAGUAUAAUUAUUUUUCCUUUAGGUACCUACAAUAAUUGUUAUUCUAACAGAUGUAGGCCUUUUCUUCUUAGACCAUGAUAAAACCUAAAUGGUGCACAAUUAUAUAACGAACGUGAGUAAUAUUACCCAAAAUAUAUUUAAUCAUACUGUUGUUACGUAGAUAUUGAACUUUUUGAAGAGGUACAAUUUACUCUCUAUAAGAUAAAGGUAUCAAAUUUUGUGGAUGCCGCUUUUGGUAAACUUAAUUUUAAAGUAUAGAUUGUUGUAGUGACUCGUAAAUAAAGUUAAAUGUUCUGAUUGGUGUAAGAUAAGAGUACUAACAGGCCAAAUUCUGAAUCAGUCACAUGUUUAGGUUAGUGUAGGUAAAAAAAACUCUUUAAGUUUAUUAUACCUACAUAAUUAUAAUUUAGAUUUCCACACUAUCCCGUAUAGUACCUACUUACCUAAAAGAUAAAUAGAAACACUUGAGUUUUUAAUACAAUGUAGAUUGUUUGUGCAACUACCCAAUGAUGAAUGACUCAGAAAGACCUAAUGUGUUUAAAUAUGAUAUAAGUAAAAAUAAUAAUAGUAUAAAGCACAAAAAUUAUAUAAUUAUUUUAUAAAAAGAGACUAAUAAGUUUGUUGAGCAUUAGAUUAUGCAUUGAGUUAUACAAUAUUAUUAAUAUACUAGGUACUUAAUGCUCUUAAUAGUUAUGUACAGUAGGCCCCCUCUUUGCACUCGCUUCCACUUUAUACUAAACUUAAUGUGAGUAACAGAGCGCAAUCAAAGGUGUGCAAAUUUCGCUUCUACUAACUGUUACUUGUUAGGUCAAAUUUAAUUUAUAGACAAUUUAUUAUACAUAAUAACUAUGUAUAACUCUAGCUUAUAAAGCAACCUGGAAGGAAUUACUUUGCUAUACUAGAGUUGAAAGCCGUUCUAGACAGGUUCGCGCCUCGUUACCCUUUUUAUGCCCUGUACAAAUCUCUAUAUUUACCAUAGCUAAUACUCAUGUUUACAUUUAUUUAUGCUUGCUUUACUUUUAAAAUAUUAUAAUUAUAACAUUUUAGAAUCACGAAAUCUUAGUACCUAUUUACAGGUAGGCUAGGUAUUCCAUACAUAAUUAUAUCUAUGUUUUAAAAAUAGUACUAGUCAUUUGGAAAGUCUCUUACAAGUAGUAGUGUGCGUGUACGAUUUGCUUAUAUUUUAUAUACGAUUGUUAUUAUUAUGAUAUUAAUUUAUUAAUCUCUAACGUUUACUGUAGUAGAACGAAUGGAGAACAUACAAGACACAAAAGUGAUGUAAAUAAAUUUGUCUACAUAGUAGUUUUAGAAUUAUAAAAAGAUAUACUAUUAUAUUUGAAUGUACUUUUCCUGAACUCAGAAAAGAAGUGCCAUCCAUUAAUUUGUUUAUCUUUCUAGAUUUUAAUAAUUCAUAAAACGAUUAAACGUUUGCGAUGCAAGAGAAUUGAAACUUAUCUAAGUGUGUAUAAUCAAAAUCUAUUGGCGUAAUAGUUACUUAUUGUUUAAUGUGUAUCCGUAAAUGGAAUUGUAAACUGAAUUUUAGGAAUUUCUUCUCUAGUAGCUAUAAAUUGAUUAGUAUUUAAGUUAAUAUGUAAGUACUUUUAUUUGUUUACUCGUGUCCGACAUGAGUUUAGAAAGGUGGAGCCACAUAGGAGACGACUUACCAAAGAAAGAACCAAACUGAUAGCAUUUAAGAAAUGUUCUAGAUUCAGCACAGGCGUAGCAAGUGAGAACCCUCAUGUAUCAAAUGCGUGUUAAGAUACGUUUAGACGAAAACUAUAAAUAUUUCCCGUACAGUGAUAUAUAUACGUUUGCAAAUAAUUAUAUUUUAGUCAUUCUAUAGAACGAAAUGGAAGUACAAGUCAUUGUGAGAAACAUCUUAUUUACCUCCGAGACAAAUAUAUAAAGAUGUUAUAUUUUAAAACAGACAUAUUUAUUUUAUUACGUUAGAAAUGUGUGGUAAAUGGUAAUAGGCCUAUCAUAAGAAGAAUAUUUAAUUAAACAUUCUCAUAAUUGUGAUAAUGACUGAAUGGGUUCUAAUUCAGAUCAAGAAGUAUUAUAUAAAUAAAAUAUAUAUAGAUAUAAAUAUAAUACAGGGUUAUAAAUGGAAUGGACAUGAAAGUUUUUGUAAAGAAUGAUCAGAAUUGACUUCCAAAGGGAUCAAGAAUGAACACCAUUAAAUGUAGCAUAUAGUUGUAUGAGUAGUUGGUACUCAGUGGCUAAGAUGGACUUGUCUAGAUUCCAGUAUAACUCUGUAACUAAAUAAUAUACGAAACCAAAUGUUCUGAAGAGAUGUAUGUAGUAGUUACUGUUAUUUUAUCUGAGGUUUAAAAUAAAUGUAUG